AUGGCAGUGCCACUUCAGCUAAUCUUGGUUAGCACUGCGCAGAAGAAAGCUAUGAUAAAUCUGACCAACUCUUACCUUGAAAACCCCAUGACAAGACAGUCUAAGACAGAAAAGGACACUGUGCUGGAAGAUGGAACCUCCAGGUCAGAUAGCACUCAAACGUCUCAUCUCUCUGGGGAAGAGCUGAGGACAGCUAAUACUAGCACUGUUCUUAAUGACGCAACUGGACUAAAGCCAAAAAGGACGUUCAGUUGUGGACAUGAAUGGAUGCAAAAGGAAAAUUCAAAGCUGUCCAAUGCCUAUAAUAGGAACACAGAUCAUGAGAAGUAUGAAUCAAGGUCGCUGGGGGUGUUGAAGAUGGCGGAGAGUUUUGGCGGCGGAGGCAGAGUUCCUCGUCCCUCAGGGGACUCGAGUCAGGUUUGGUGCCUCAAGAGGGCGGGUAUGAACGAAGAGUGGCUGCUGCUGGAGGCCGGCAGUGAGGUUACUAUAGGUCGAGGAGCUGGUGUCACCUAUCAAUUGAUGUCAAAAUCCUGUCCGUUGAUGAUCUCACGGAACCAUUGUGUGUUCAAGCAGAAUGCUGAUGGACAGUGGACAGUGACAGAUAAUAAGAGUCUAAAUGGUGUCUGGAUAAAUUUUGAACGCAUCGCUCCAUCAAAGGCCUGUCUUUUACAAGAAGGUGACUUCAUUCAGUUAGGAGUGCCUUUAAAACACAGAGAAACACCUGAAUAUGAAUAUACGUUAAUGAAGGAUGAAUGGAAGAAAGUUAGUCCCUUUUUAGCAUCGAAAGAUGACCAGCUGACUGAAAAAAUGAAGGACAUUAGGGCUAAGCGUAAAAGUAGCUUGGAGGAUUUAGACCCCUCUGGUGUGGAAGGACCUUCCAAUUCCAGGUCUAAGAGAGACAGACUGUCUUCUGAUGUUGAUUCUUUAGGGAGAUCUGAGGCAGUUAGUACAGAACUGUCCAAACAACCAAGAGAAAAUCUGGAUGUAGUGCUACUUCCUCCAAGACCAAGCAAGAAAGAGAAGAAGAAAAAUCACUGUAGCUAUGUCCAAGUUGGGAAUGCUGUAUCUUACAUUUCUAAGGAUCAGAAAGCUCCCAGUUUGGCACAGUCUUGGAGUGGUUUGGAAGAAAUAAUGAAAACACUGGCGGAAAUGACAAAAUUGAAAGCCAAGAUGCAGGAGAAGCAGACAGCUGUCUUGAAUGUGAGACAGAAGAAUAAGAAGUGCACUCAAAAAGACAUCCAAGUUUUAGAGCAGGAGUUGCAAGACUUGCAGGAACAGCUAUGCACUGAGCAGGAGCAACAGCAGCAGAGAGUGGAGCAGUUGGAAAAGACUUUCUGUGAGGAGCUAGAGGGAGCAAAGGAGGAACAAGGGGAAGAGAAACUGAAAGAACAACUGGCCCAGGUCCUGGCGCAGCAUCGUGCUCUGAUGGAAGAAUUGAGCCGUAGCAAAAAAGACUUUGAAGAAAUCAUUAAAGCCAAGGAUAGGGAGCUGAAGGAGACCAAGGAGGAGAAAGAGAAGGCAAGAGCACAAAAGGAGGAGGCUUUGAGCCAGAUGAACGAUGUGCUAGAGAAUGAGUUGCAGUGUACAAUCUGCUCUGAACACUUUAUUGAGGCUGUCACUCUAAACUGUGCACACAGCUUCUGCUCCUAUUGUAUCAGAGAGUGGAUGAAGCGCAAGGUGGAGUGUCCAAUCUGUAGAAGAACAAUAUCGUCCAAGACACGAUCGCUGGUUCUAGACAACUGUAUUGAUAGGAUGGUGGAAAACCUGGAUGCUGAAACAAAGCAUCGUCGCCUGUCACUCAUGAAAGAACGAAAAGGGAAGCAAGUUGCUCUGGAGAGUCCCGCGUCAGAAAGUGAGAGCAGUAGCCUUACUUCUUUCUCAGACAGUGAGAGCAGUAGUGUUACCUCAACAUUAGACAGCGAGACUAGUAGUCUUACCUCUGUUCGCUCCAUCAUGUCAGUCAGCAGCUAUGAAAGCGAUGACUACGAGGGGGACUCCGAUAGCCAGCACGUUAUCUGAAGAAUGUGGGUUGCGCCCUUGCAGCUGGUUGUAGUCUGCUGGGAGAAAGGACUGGAUGUUUGGAACAACGAAGAGACUGGAGUUUAAAUUGUGGAUUUAAAGGGUCUUUUGUUUUUUCUUAAAUGGAUGUAUAACAUCUCCAAAGCAUAUCAUCAAACACUGUAGGACUCAAAACCCGCUUUUCAUCCUAGGCCAGUGGCGACUGUAAACUUCUGUUUCUGUUGUUGAUUUAACUAAUUCAGGAAGAUAACAUGCUACUUAGCUUGAAGGUACCAAUUCACCUCAGCCAAAUAACUAUUUUGAGUAUAUCUGUCAUCUGUCGUGUAGGGGCUGUGGACCCUGAAGCAUUUGAUUUUGAAGGCAGCUUUUACUUUAUAGUAGUGGGUGGGCAGUACAGACAGAGUACUGGGGUGAGGGACAAAGUUACUUCCCUUGCUCACUUCUGCAAACUUAGCCAUAGCUGGACAAUGCUGUAAGCCUGAGACCAGCAGCUUCCUUUUCCUUAGGCAAGAGGAAUAGAGUGGGCAGGGCAACUUCUGUGUUUCUGGCGGGUUCCAUGUCUGUGAGUAGUUGGGUUCCAUUUAACUUUUUGGAAGGUUUAAGUGUGGUGAAAGGCCAGGUGUCCAGGACAUAUUUGGCUAGUGGGCCAUCAGUUUCUGUCACCAUCUUUAAAUUGCAGGUAGUUAUACCUGUUGUUAUUCUGGAGUUGUAGUAACAAUCUGUCCAAAGCUUUUUGUUCAAAACAGAACAACACAAUUCAAAGCGCAUGUGGUGGCUGCCAAAAAGGGCAGCCCAAUACUGGCCCCCAUCUAUUUUAGCCCAGUCCUGAUGUCAUUAUGAUGUGUGUUUCUCUCCUUCCUCUAUAUUCUUGAUUGCUGCUUGCAGGAGAAAAGCAAUGCAUUAUAAUGGUGUGGCCUGUGUUAAAGUAGAAAUUAUGGAACAGGGUGUGAAACUUGAUGUCUGGCAGCCCAUGUUCUUUGUAACUGUCAUUCUUGUGUAGUAUUACCCUGAGUUUCACAUCUUUUUGCAACGUAAGCUUGCUUUGAUAAUAGUGAGCUUACUUCAUUAAUUCCCCGUAUGGCCACAUAAAUAUGUUGAGUCUACCUGGCCGCUAUUGCUUUAAAAAAGUGGAAGUAGUUGCGAAGGUUAAAUUAACCCUUCCCUAAGCACCAAAGAAUCCUGUACCUAAAUUCCAAGGAAAGCAUCUUUAACUGGUUUCCCUUUAAGCCCUGUUUCCAAGAUUGAACGGCAGAAGUCUAAAAUGGUAACAAGUACUUUUGUAUAGGUGGGUUGCUUUGGCUUUUGCAGAAAUACUGUUCAGUAGAUGGGAUGGCCGAGUGAAAAGAUGUAUCUCCCAAUAAAUUAAUGUGAUAGUUACAUAUUUAUCAGUGUUCAAAAAUUGUUGCUGGAAUAAGUUUGCACCCCAGGAUCCAUUUCAGGGGUUUCAGUUUCAAACUAGCAAGUAUGUAACUAAGUAGGCAACCUUUCUAUAUUUGCUUGUUAUAUAUAACUGGAGGUUGAUCGUUAUUUAUUUAAGAUAUAAGUUGUGUAAAAGGAAGAAAAUUCUUGUUUCUGUUUUGUACAGUCACACAAGCUAAUAUCCAUUGCUAAGGAACAAAUGGAUAAAUACUCCCCUUGCUGUCUGUGCAGACAUGUCUGGCCACCCCUCUUCCCUUCUUUGCUCUCAUACUAAGAAGUUCCAAACUCUGAUAUGAACAGGUUACUUCAGUAUCACUUAACAUUCUCUUGGGAGUAUACUAUUGUCAAUAAAUUAUUGCAACACAUUCAUAAAUUCCAGAAUGUAGUUCAGGCCAACAUGUCCUUGAAGCAGAACUGUCCAUCUCACUGUGGACACUGGGUUGUUGGAAGUCACUGCUGCUUAUAUGCACCCUUCAUGUGACACACAAUAUAAUGGUCAUGUGUUACAGAACGUAGGUUUUGUACAAUUAACCGAUGUUUCUGAGGAAAACUAACAUGUGAAACAAGCUGUAAUGACCAAAAGGGGAUUGAACAUCUGCUCUAGGAACCAGUGCAAACUAUUCGGUGAUCAGCUGGUAUAUUGUGUUCUUCCAUGGUCUUAGGGCCAAACUCUAGAAAUGAUGUAGAUUAGUAAACAGGAUUUCCUGUGGUUCUUCUGUCUGAUUACCUUAGGGCAGUAAUGUGGAACUGCUAAUUUAAUUAGGGGAAACGGUGCUGAGGAAAAGGGCUGUUACCUCUGUAGCAUCUAGUUUGGCCUGUAGAGUGAUCAGUCCUGAUCCUUAAAUGUUUUCUUGGUGCAUCCCUUAAGUUAAAAUAACGGGCUUACCCCACUUGGCUUUUAGAAUGUGUGUGGGGUGGUUAUGAUUCCAGCACCAACCACACAGGUACCCGUCUGGUAUUUUCUGUAGAAAAAGUGAGAGCCAGUCCUUUCUACCUUGGCGAAACCUCUACAGAGCACAAAUGUUUUUCUGUGUGUAUUCAUGUUGUACACUUUCUUUUGCGCCUGUUCUAUUUUUUUCAAAUAUAUGCACUACUUUUUUUUCUAAUUCGUAUCUCUUCUGAUUUCUGCCUUUGAAGGAAAGAGAACCCAUUUGUUAUCUUUGGGUAACUCCCUUUCCUGAGCAGCUAACAUUACUACCAGUAUAAGGCAGGUCCAGCAAAUUUGACAUCCAUUCCUUGCAGGAGAACUGAAGGUGAUAUUCAAAGUAGAAACACACAUACAAAGUUCAGCAGCAGAAUGCAACAGCCAUUGUG